AAAAAAAAGGUGUAUGCCCAUUUGAUUUCUUAUACAUUCUACACUCACCUACACCCAUACAUACACAUACACACAAAAACAAUCAAGUGCAAAACCAUACACAGACAGUCAUGCCUUACUUAAUAUAUGCGCAUAAAUAGUAUAUUAUUCAAAUUAUCGCCAGUAGUAUGUGUUCAACAGAUACAUAUUUAACUGUGUGUUAUAUUCAAAUUACACUGUUUGUGCUCUACUACUACUACUACUACGUUUUUUUUCUCGGCUUUCACAUAUGGCAAUGAUCAUCGUAUAGAAUACUGACUGUGAAUAGACUAAUUAUUACAUCAUCAAGAUUUAAAAAUGGCUGCUUUGAAAGCAAUCAUAAAAAGUGUUGAUAUGCCGGAUGAUAUGCAACAGGAUGCUGUGGAUCUGUGUGCAAUAGCAAUCAAAAAAUAUUCAAUGGAAAAAGAUAUUGCAGCGUUUAUGAAAAAAGAAUUCGAUAGAAAGUAUUUACCAAGUUGGCAUUGUAUAGUUGGAUCACAUUUUGGCACAUAUAUUUCACAUGAAGCUCGGCAUUUUAUUUAUUUCUUCUUGGAUAAUCAUGCUGUUGUGUUAUUCAGAACUGGAGCAAUAAGUUGAAAUCAAAAAAGUACGAAUGACGUCACCGUAAUAAUAUGAAUCUAUUCUAUGAUCAAUAAACGGUGUGUUUAAAUUUAUUUAUUUUCAAGGACAAAUCUAACAGAUGAUUGACAACUCAUUAUUUAUUUGAAAUGUCUAUAAGUGCACUUUAUUUGUUUUGUUAUGUAUAACAAACUGAUUGAUUUAUCAUCAAUAUGGAUUUCGGGUUUUCCGAGAUUUUCUUUGAUAUUUCAUUGCAAAUUGGUGAAAGUUAACUAUUUUUUUUUGAAAAAAAUUAAUAAUUAAGUCUGAUGAAUUUUGUGUGUUUUACGGUUGUUAAUAGUUUGAAUUUGAUUUCUGAAAAAUAUUUAUAUUUCAGUGAUGUGUGUGUGAAU